AUGCUGCUGAACUGGGAUGUGGUGCACGAAUCUGGUGACUCAGGUUGCAGGAUGGUGGCCACUGGAGACAUCAGCACCACCUGCCAGUGCACCCACCUCAGCAGCUUUGCUGUCCUCUUGACUCACUGUGAUGUGCAGGAGGAGGAUACGGUGCUGGCUGUGAUCAGCUGUAUAGGGCUGGGCCUCUCUCUGCUGUGCCUCUUCCUGGCAACCCUCACCUUCCUGCUGUGCAAAACCAUCCAGAACACCAGCAUCUCGAUCCACUUGCAGCUCUCAAUCUGCCUCUUCCUGGCCCACCUGCUCUUCCUCACAGCCAUCGACCAGACUGAGAUCAAGGUGCUGUGCGCCAUCAUUGCAGGUGCCCUACACUAUCUCUACCUGGCGUCCUUCACCUGGAUGCUGCUGGAGGGUCUGAAUCUCUUCCUCACUGCACGCAACCUGACGGUGGUCAACUACUCCAGUGUGAGCAGGGUCAUGAAGAAGCUCAUGUUCCCCGUGGGCUAUGGAGUCCCAGCUAUAAUUGUGGCCAUUUCUGCUGCAUCCAGGCCUCACCUUUAUGGAACACCCACCCACUGCUGGAUCCACCCAGGCAAGAGAUUUAUAUGGAGCUUCCUUGGACCAGUGUGUGCCAUCUUCUCUGUCAAUUUACCUUUUGUUCUGAUGACUCUCUGGAUUUUGAAAAGCAAACUGUCUUCCCUCAACAGUGAUGUAUCCACUCUCCAGAAUACCAGGAUGCUGACAUUUAAAACCACAGCUCAGCUCCUCAUCCUGGGCUGCACCUGGUGCCUGGGCAUCCUGCAGGUGGGUCCAGCUGCCCAUGUCAUGGCUUACCUCUUCACCAUCAACAGCCUGCAGGGCUUCUUCAUCUUCUUGGUGUACUGCCUCCUCAGCCAGCAGGUCCGGGAGCAAUAUGGGAAAUGGUUCAAAGGGAUCAGGAAAACAAGAGCUGAGUCUGAGAAAUACUGUCCAGCAAGGCCAUGUCUGAUGCCUCCAAACCCAGCACUGUAA